GGUUGGGAUGCGAGCGGAGCGUGGGGUUACCAGCAGCAGCAGCAGCAGCAGCAGCAACAGACGCAGGAGCCUCAGCUUGGCGGGGCGGAGCUCGACUGGGCGGCCAAAGCGCGGCUCUGGGCGGAGCAGCGGGCGGCGCAGGAAGCGGCGGACGCAGCGGCGGCGGCAGCGGCGGCGACAGCGGCGGCGGCAACGAAUAAAGAAGCAGCAGCUAACGAGGACAAGGAACCGCCGAAGCAGGAUUCUGCAGCAGCGGGUGCGGCGGCGGCGGCGCCGGGAACGCAACAGCAGGAUGUGGGUGCUGGGGGCGGGGGAGGCGGAUACGGGGGGUAUGUCGCUGCUGACGGGACGUAUGUGGGUGGUGGGUAUGGUGGGAGCUCCGGGGCAGAACAACAGCAGCAGCAGCAGCAGCAACAACAAGAGCAGCAGCAGUAUUAUCAGCAGCAUUACCAGCAGUACUACUACCCCCCGGAAAUGCACCAGCAGCAUCAGCAGCAACAGCAAGAGCAGCAGCAGCAGCAGCAGCAGCAGCAAAUGUACAUGUACCCACCUCCGCCUCCUUCCCACGGCCCUCCUCUCCCUCCUCACACUCAUCCCCCUGAUCCCGCGUCGUUCUACCCUCCACAUUACCCCGCUCCCCCCAUGCAAUACCCCCCUCCGCCCCCGGAAUACCCCCCUACUGGCCCUGCGGGUACGUACAACGGAGUUUAUUCGGGAUAUGGGGAUGCCAAUGCGCCUGACGCUGCAGCAGCAGCGGCGGCAGCGGCAGCGGCAGCAGCAGGAGCGGCGGCAGCAGGCGGGUUUCCCCCUCAGCACGAGCAGCACUACCCGCGCCUGCCCCCGCCGCCGCCCGCUCCGCCGCUCCUCUCCGCCCCGCCCCCCGCGCACGCCUCCGCGCUCCCCCCUCCGCCCGGCCCGCCGCCGCAGUACCCCCCACCCGCAACACCAGCAGCAGGGGCAGCAGCAGCAGCAGCAGCGUACGUGCCGCCAGCCAAUCAGGCAGCAGACAUGUCAGUGCUCUCACCAGCGGUGCUGGCGGCGGCACAGGCGGCAGCAGCGUCUGCAGGAAUGUAUUUUGAUCCGGCCGUUUAUGAUGUGGGUGGGGGUGGUUCUGUGACUCCCGGUGCUAAACCCAAGAAGUCCCUCCCCUCGUGGCUUGUGGACGAGGUCGUCAAGAAGAAGGCAGCCCUCGCAGCAGCAGCAGGAGCCGCAGACUCACCCGCUAAAGCCCCCUCCAAGGACAAAUGGUACAACGAUAGGGGCACCCUCGCUGGCACUGGCGGUGCUUCUGGUGGUGCUGCUCGCGGUGGUGGGCGAAGGAGUGUAGAGAGUGAUGAGGAGGAGGACGAGGAGGAGGAGACGGAGGUGCAGAGGAGGAUGGCGAUGAACAACGAGAUCAAACGCGUGCUCACAGAAGUGCUGCUCAAGGUGACUGACGACAUGGUGAGGCGAAUCGCUAUUGAUGCUCUCAGGGAUCCCAGAGAGGAGGAAGAAGAGGAGGCGGAUAGAGGAGGAGGGAGUGGAGAGGAGGAGGGGACGGGGAAGAAGGUUAGUGGAGGGAAAUGGGUGACAGUGGGUGAAGGGGAGGAGGAAGAGAAGGAAGAGGGGGAGGAGGAGAAAGGGGUUGACGGGGAGAGGGAUGGAAACAGGCGUAUGGAGGAGGGGAAGGAAGAGGGGAGAGCAGGUGAAGAAACAGGUGAAAAAUUAGGUGGGGCAGGUGCGGUUGAGGAAAAUAGGAGGGCUGUAGCAGGGGAAGCAGGAGAGGCUGGGGGGAAGGGGGUGGUUGAGACGAGCAAGGCAACGAAUGCUGAGAGGAAGAGGAAGAGUAAGAGGAAGAAGAAACGGGCUGGGGGGGGUGGAGGGUUGCUGGUUGGAGGGCUGUUGGGGAUUGCUUAUGGGAGUGAUGAGGAUGAUGAUGAUGAGGAUGAUGAUGAUGACGAUGAGGAGGAUGAAGGGGAGGAGGAAGAAGAAGAGGAAGAUGAGGAGAAAGAGGAGGAAGAAGAGGAGGAUAAAGAAGAGAAGGAGAAGGAAAAGGAGGAGAGUGAGGUGGUAAGGGAUGCGAAGGAGAAAGGUGUUGAUGGUGGUGAAGGGGGUGGGAGUGCGGUGCAGAGGGAUGGAACGGGGAGGGAGGAGGAGGAUAAGGCUGGUGCGCUGGAGGAGAGGCGGGAGGGGAAGGAUGGGGAAGAGGGGGAUGAAGAAGCGAAGAUAAGGGGUAUGGCAGAGGGAAGGCAGGAGGCAGGGGGACGGGAAGAGGUGCGAAGAGAGGGGGAUGAUGAGGGGGAGAGGGGGAGGAAGAGAAGCGGGGGUGGGGAUGACGGGGUAGUAAAGGGGAAGAAGGCGGAGGAAGGGCGUGGGCGGGCGAGGGGAGAGGAGGAGGGAGGGGAGGAGGAAAACAGGAAGGGAAAGACGAGCAGGAGGAGUGAGGGGAAAGAUGAUAAGGAGAAGGAUGGGGAGAGUGAGGAGAGCGAGGGGAGGAAGAAAAAGAGGAGAGGGGAGCAUGAUAGGAGGGAGGGAAGUGAGAAGAGGCAUAGAGAAGAGAGGGAUAGGAAAGCGAAGAGGGAGGAUGAGGAAGAUAGGGAAGAGAAAGGGAGCAAGCAGAAAAGCCGAGAGACACACGAGUCUCAGGAGAGGAAGAGGGAAAAAGAUAAGGACAAAGAUAAAGAGAAGGAUAGAGGAAAGGACAAAGAGAAGGAUGAUGAAAAAGAGAAGGAGAAGAGGAGUGCCAAGGGUGAAGAGAGGAGCAAAGACAGGGAUGAGAGGAGGGGCAAGGAGAGGGAGAAGGAGAGGAGUGGUGAGAAGGAUGGAGAGCGGGAGAAGGAGAGCGACAGGAAGGGGAAGGAGAGGAAGAGGGAUGGAGAUGAGGAGGGUAGUAGGGAUGAAAGCAGGGAUGAGGGUGGCCGGAAGGAGAAGAAGGGAUCUCAAGUCGAGAAAGAAAAGGAGAAGGAGAAGGAGGAGCGAAGGAACAAGGAGAAGCGCGAGAGGAAAGACAAGUCUGCGGGCAGGAGGAAAGAGGAGAGCAAAGAGAAGAAAGGAGAAGCUGAUGAUAGUGACGACGACAGGAGUGAAGAGCGGGGAAAAGGAGGCAGGCACGGGCGAUCGGAGAGAAAGAAAGAGGCAAGCAGGAAGGGCAGGCAUCGCAGCAAGUCGCUCUCACGGUCCCGGUCGUGGUCCCCUCAACCCGAGCGAUCUCACAGUGACGGGGACGAGGAGGAGGAGGAUCGCAGCAGGUAUGCCCACUUCCAUGCCCUGCCUCCCCUCCCCACCUCAUCGCUCUCCUACUCGUCCUUCUUUUCCAUCUUGUUCCUGUUGAGUAUUCACCGUUUCUUUCAUCUGUUUUGA